AUGAGCAACAGAGAGAGUAGACUAAAGUUUGGGCUGUCAGACUCUGCAGAGGACAGGGGCGGAGCUCAGGGCCAGACAGGGGCGGAGCUCAGGGCCAGACUGGGGCGGAGCUCAGGGCCAGACAGGGGCGGAGCUCAGGGCCAGACAGGGGCGGAGCUCAGGGGCAGAGCUCAGGGCCAGACAGGGGCGGAGCUCAGGGCCAGACAGGGGCAGAGCUCAGGGCCAGACAGGGGCGGAGCUCAGGGCCAGACAGGGGCGGAGCUCAGGGCCAGACAGGGGCGGAGCUCAGGGCCAGACAGGGGCGGAGCUCAGGGCCAGACAGGGGCGGAGCUCAGGGCCAGACAGGGGCGGAGCUCAGGGCCAGACAGGGGCGGAGCUCAGGGCCAGACAGGGGCGGAGCUCAGGGCCAGACAGGGGCGGAGCUCAGGGCCAGACAGGGGCAGAGCUCAGGGCCAGACAGGGGCGGAGCUCAGGACCCGAGCUUAG